AUGUUAAAUUUAGUCAUUAUUUUCAUUGUUGUUACUUGUAUAAAUUCUGUUAGAAGUGAAUGUCCAUGUCCGGAUAUUUCUCUAUGUGCACCGCUUCAAACUGGACCUCGUCAUGAAAAGGUCGCUUUUAUGGUAUCAGAUUCUAAUUGGCGUUCAUAUGAUUAUUCACAAUUGACCACAAUUGUUAUAUGUACGAAUGACAUUGAUCCUCAACUGCUUUGUUUGGCGCAUUCACGCCAAGUUCGUCUUGUAUGGAUCGCUAAUUAUGAUGUAAAACAAUUAAGUAAUGCGACAGCUCGAACUGAAUGGGUCAAUCGACAAGUUGAUAAUGUCAAAAGAACUUACACGGAUGGUGUUAAUCUUGAUAUGGAAGAUGAAAUUCCUUAUACUAGCGAUGCAGCACAUAAAUAUACAGAACUUGUUCAAGAACUAUCUAAUCUUAUACAUGUACAAGUACCUGGAUCAAUGGUCAGCGUCGACGUUGCGUGGAGUGCACCAUGUAUUGAUGGUCGUUGUUAUGAUUAUGCGGGUUUAGCAAGAGCCAGCGAUUUUCUAUUUGUCAUGGCGUAUGAUUUACGAUCACAAAUCUACGAUUUAAACGAUUGUGUAGCUUCAGCAAACUCACCAAUCGUUCAAGUUGCCGCCGGUUUAACUAAUUUUACACAAAUAUUUCAAAUUCCACCAUCAAAACUUGUUCUCGGUGUACCUUGGUAUUGCUAUGAUUAUAAAUGUUUAUCGUUUGACUCGAAUAUGACUUGUACAAUUGAACAUGUACCUUUUCGUGGUGCACCAUGUUCAGAUGCAGCUGGUGUUCAACGCGAUUAUCAAUAUUGUCGAGUAUUGUUACGCAUGAAUUCAACAUCUGGUCGCCUAAUUGAUAACCGAACAGGUGCAGUUUUUUUCAAUUAUGUUAAUCAACAAGAUACAUAUGUACAUCAAGUUUGGAUGGAUGAUCCCGAAACUCUUACAAUUAAAUAUAAUCUUGCAAAUGACCGACGUUUACUUGGUAUUGGCAUGUGGAAUGUGGAUUGUCUUGAUUAUGCUUCGAGUGCAAGCAAAGAAGCACAACAAGAUACGACAGACAUGUGGAAUGCUAUGAAAAUAUUUCACAGUGUACAUAGAAAGACUUGA